CCGUAUCUCAAACUGGAAACUUUUUCACUUCACCAAACAAAAUGUCGUCGGAGACGUCCAAAAUCACGUCGGAGAUAACAACAGCCGCCGAUUACGGCCUUAAUCACAACGAAACAGCGCUUAUCUUAGGUUUACCAGGGGAUUCACGAGGUCGAAAGUUGGGAGUAAAGCGACGAUUCUCGGAAACGAUUGAUUUGAAAUUAAGCAGCAACGAAGAUUCCGAAGCUAAUCAAUCGGAUACUGAAUGCUCCGACGCUACAAAACCGCCUUCCGAAACAGAACGAGUGGUCGGAUGGCCACCGGUGAACAUGCACAGGAAGAACGCCGUGAACAGUAAUUUUAAUUUUGUAAAGGUGGCGGUCGACGGAGCACCAUAUCUGAGAAAAGUAGACCUGGGAUCAUAUACAGGCUAUCAACAGCUUCUAUUCGCUCUAGAAGACAUAUUCUCCUGUUUCACAAAUAGCGUAUUGAAUGAGAAAAAGUUGAUGGAAAAAGAAUAUGUUACAACGUAUGUGGAUAAAGAUGGGGACUGGAUGCUUAUUGGUGAUGUUCCAUGGACGAUGUUCUUCGAUACUUGCAAGCGAAUAAGGUUAAUGAGAAGUUCAGAAGCCAUUAAUGGACUAGUUCCAAGUAGGCAAGAACACCUUCAAAAUUCUCCAUCUUUAGCUGUUGAAAAAGGUAUUUUUCAUCUGUGAUCAUGAUCCAUGGGUGUAAAUGAUUCGAGUUUCUUCAAUUUACUACGUUCGCAUAUGAUCGAAGGGAAAUGGAUAUGGUAUAUGACGGUGACUGUAUACAUAUAAAAGAUAAUUUUUUUUAAGCGGUUGAAAUCCAGUUACAUAUAUAUACGUUAACAGUCGUAUGUUUUCUUGGAUCACACCGUUUUACAUUUAACACACGGAUAAUUGUUCACGAUGUAAAGAGUCUUUUUUUUCUCAAUCUGUGAUUGAGAUUUAUUAUUAUUUUUUUAAUAUUUUGGGAAUACGAUUUCUCUUUAUACGUUAUACGAAUUGUAAUAUAUAAAUCUAUGGGUUAAAACAAGUUUUAUGUUGAAAAACCGUGUAUUUGCAUGUUAUGAUUAGUUGGGUGACAUGUCAGCAGCAAGUUUCUAUGAAAAAGUCAAAGUAAAUUAUAGUGGGACCCAUGUGUCGUUACUUUCAAUAAUAGAGCAUUAUAUAUUAUAUAUGAGUCCGUUGAGACGAUUAUAACACCAAUCGAGAAAUAGUGAAAGGAGAAAUAGUGAAAGUUAUGAGGUAUGAGAAGGUUAAGAGGAGAAAAAUAAAAAAAAAAGAAAUGUCAGCCAAUCAAUGUUUUGGUUUCAAUAUUUAUUUAUAACGUCAACAAAAUAUGUUAUAACAUAAGAAAGAAAUAGUGUUUAUGGUGUUACGAGCAUUUAUGAGACGUCAAAUAAAUUCGCCCUUACCGUAUGCUGUUGCUUCCAAUUAUAUAUACAUACUAAUUUACAAGUGCCACAUGAACAGUACUUUAUUGUCAUUGGCGGUAUUUUUCUUUUUCUAUUUUGCUUUUUGAUAAUUAUAUUUUUUAUCUGUCUUUUCCUCUUUGCCCGAUGUCAUCUGCUCACGGCCUACUGCCGAUAGAAAUGUGCUUACUGUCACCGACUCAACUUCACUAUCUCUUAUACCUUCUUCUAAUUAUUCCACCGCUUAAUCUAAUACUCAUUUCUCUCUGAAUCUAUCAUGGUCAAGGCCUCCAGAACCUUCUACACCGCCUCUCUGAAAUACCCCCAACUGAUCGUCUCUGCCUCCUUUAAGCCUCCAUCCACCGCUAUGCAUGUAUACAGCUCUAGAAUCGGUCGCCACCGUGGAACCGUCGAAGCUCCAGACGCCCUUCUGCCGGUCUUCACGACCUUCGUUUUGCUGGAAAUCUACUUGAUAGUCGACUGUCUAAAAUCAAACGGCGGUCGCAUCCCUUCUCUAAAAUCGAGCAGCAACAGGUAAUUUAUCGUUUUAUAAAGAUUUACUAAUUUUUCUGAUUCCUCCCCCGAUUCAAACCCAUUUUCACAAGCAUCUUCACUGGAAUUGGAAUUGGAAUUCACAGCAGUUUGUUUCUUAUAUAACCCUCGGCUCUUAUCCAGAAACCUUCGCAGUACCUCCUUUUAUAUAUGUCGUCGUCCUCCGGUGGCUUCCCGUUUUCCAUCCCUGAUUCCGCCAAUUAGGGUUAGGUUUGUUGUUGUUGUUCUGUCCUGGACGACGUUACAACAACGGCUCUUAGGCCGGUCCUUCAUCCUGUGAAUCAAGUUGUUUCAAGGUCCUCUGGUGUCACGACGAUCGAUUCCCCCUUCGUAUCCUUCUUGACUACCAUCAAAAUCAAAUCUUUUGCUAUUAGAAUAUAUGGAAGGUUUCAGACCGACUUGCACCAGCAACACAGAAGACUAAUGUUACUAUGAUUGAAAGGGUAGACUUCCAUGAUAGCGAUGCUUUCCCCUGCUUUCCCUUUUUCAACUUAAUGAAAAGGUUUUAUGUGAUAUAUUGGCGGAUAAUAAUGGUAUUAAGAAACUCCAGUUGUGCUUCCUGCUUAUUGUGUGCAGGGGGUGUACUCUGAUCACAAUCGACAAGGGCUGUUGUUUCUAUGGGUUUAGGACUUCAAAGAUUUAUGUACAACUUCCCCAAAUUAUGUUAAUCUCUCCUCCGAUUGAGCCCCACCAUAUACAUAGGACUACUGAUGCCAAUUUUGCCCUUGCCCUAAGAUCUGGAAAAUCGUUUCAGUUGGAAAUUCGUUGAUGUGUAUAAGCCUUUCUUUAGACCCCAAAAGACGAUCUUCGUUUGCCUAACUUGCCACCAGAUUCCGAUACUAUACAAAUUUUUCGACUUGGGAAAGGUCUUUGGAAACCCUCGAUGUAUAUGGUUGCCCUGUUGCUGCUGUAGAGAUAUAUCCAAAUUUACGAGGGAUCAACCGAUUCUCGCUGUUUUCUGUGAGCCGGGUGUGGCAAAAGUGAAUGUCAUCUGUUGGAUUGCAACACAGAUAAUGAAUAAGGAGAGUUUAAGCCGUUUGAUAAUUGUAGUACAAAAUCUCCUUAUGGUAUAUCUUAAUAGUUAUUUUUUUGGGAUUAUUGGUCAGUGAUUUAAUAUACUGUGGUGUUUAUGUUAAAGAAAUACCACUUUACUUUAUUUAUGUUCGCAAUUUUUUUUCAGGGGGAGAAAUGAGACCACUAACUUAGAAGAAAAUAACAAAAAAAUUCAUACGAUGAGGCUGUUGUGCUAUUUGUCAAGGUAUACUUUUCAUUUUAUUUUGAUAAAUCAAUUAAUUAUAAUAUGAUGCUAUGGUUUAUUUCCUUUACUACAAUGUAUUUUCACUUAUACUAUUGGCGGAUAACAUUUUUUUUUACCUAGGUUCUCUUGCAAUUGAUGUAGAAGUGAUCUUUACUUUUAUAAAGGGUAAAUUUGUCAUUUUUUGCUCAAUUAUUCUGCUAUCUAUCUUUACAAUGAGAAUUUGUUGGAAGGAAUCUAAUGUUUAGUCAUUCCACUUUCCAAGUAUACCAAAAGAAUGAGUUUUACCCAUAAGAAUUCAACUGCUUUGAACCCAUUUGGCUCUAUAAAUGACAACUCAGUGAUGGUUGUAGAUUUGUUCCAGUAUUUAUCAGUACAUUAACCUUUGGACUUUUCAUUUUAUUUUUUGCUUAAGACUAUUUUACGUUUCUUCUUUGCUUCCAUAGGUACUUUAGAGUGACCUUAGAGAUUUGGUUGGGAGUUGAUGUAUGACACCAUGGUUUGAUUUAUAUUUUGAUUUGUAUCUUAUGGAGGAAAAGAGGUAUUUUAUGUCUCAUGUGUAGACUUUUUGUAUAUACCUUUUUUAUUUGUAAUAUACUGACAUUUCAUGAUGGUUCUA